UACUUGCCAGCAUUGGAUUAGGCAACAGGCAAAGCAAAACAGUCGCAACAGCGCUUACAAAUACUUAUCAUAGUUGGGCUACUUUCUUAUCUGGCGAUAAGUGUUGUGAGACAACACCAAAAUAUUUUGGAAUUUUUGCGCUACCCGCGCAGUAAAAUACACAAGGUUGUCAGUUUUAUUCGGUAGUUAAAAGUCGUGCGAGCGUUUUACGGCCAGAAGCAACGGAAAUAAAAUAAAUAUCUUUGAUUUCUUACAGUCAUCAAAUGUAUCACUACCAGCAAGGCGAUGGCAAUGGCGUCUAUUCGGAUGCGGAGGCGGACAAGAGUUUCGCCUUCGAUGAUCAGACUAUUCGCAAAGGAUUCAUCCGCAAGGUUUACCUCAUACUCAUGAUGCAACUGCUGAUCACGUUUGGCUUUGUGAGCGUGUUCACCUUCUCAGAGGCGACACAGAAGUGGGCACAGACCAAUUACUGGCUCGUGUGGGUAGCACUGGCCGUGCUAAUUGUGACCAUGAUCUGCAUGGCCUGCUGCGAGAGUGUGCGCAGAAAAACGCCGCUAAAUUUCAUCUUUUUGUUCCUGUUCACGCUCGCAGAGUCCUUUCUGUUGGGCGUCAUUGCCGGCACUUAUGAGGCGGAUGAGGUUCUCAUGGCUGUUGGGAUCACAGCAGCUGUUAGCCUGGGCUUAACUCUGUUUGCGCUACAAACCAAAUACGACUUUACCAUGUGCGGCGGAGUUCUGGUUGCCUGCCUGGUCGUGUUCAUCAUCUUUGGCAUCAUUGCCAUCUUUAUACCUGGAAAAAUCAUUGGACUGGUCUAUGCCUCGCUAGGUGCCCUGCUCUUCUCUGUGUAUCUAGUGUACGAUACACAGUUGAUGCUCGGUGGCAAUCACAAGUACUCGAUUAGUCCCGAGGAGUACAUCUUUGCCGCACUCAAUCUGUAUUUGGACAUAGUCAACAUCUUUAUGUACCUACUAACCAUCAUUGGACUGGCCCGCAGUUAAGUGAGGACUACAGACUAGAUGUCGUCGUCUAUCUAAAACUAUUUAUUAUUAUAUAACCUUACUGAGAUUACGUAUCGGAAUUGUUCAAGAAAUACAGUUACAGCUGACUUAUGUAUAUAA